AUGGCACCUCGACAAACGGUCGCAGAAGUGGAGAAAGGUUAUCGGUUGCCAAAUCCCAGCUCCUCCGGUCAUCGCUGUCCAGAUGAUUUGUACAAUUUGAUGUUGAAGUGCUGGGACGCACGACCGGAGAAUAGACCUACUUUCCGAUCACUUAAUGAUGUGCUGGAACACUGGUCCAGUCAUACCGAAACGCAAUAUUUGGAUAACUGA